AUGGACGCUUUGGCGAUGCGCAAAACGGGCAAAGAUAAAGCUCGCCGCGCUGACGAGAUCGCUCGUCGGAUUCGAUGGAAGAUUCACGAUCUCAAGCAAAAGGAAGUCUCGGUGAAGAUAAUCAGCGAUGCGUUAGCGAAAACAGAGCUCAAUGCGAGCAGCACCGUGGCAAAAUCCACGUCGAGUCGAGCGCUAAAGCGCGCCGGGGGAUUUCAAAAGACAAUGUCUGCGGCAAAGCGAGCGCGGUUCAGCAAGCACAAACCGCUCGUGCUCAAGCUUCGAGAACCAGAAAUUUCUAUUCUAGGUUCGAAACAACUGACGUCGUUCGGUCGGGACGUCACGAACGCGGCUUCAGAUCAAACGCGGCGCGUCGUGGUGAACGUGUCAAAGGCGGCGUCCGGUGUCUUAAGGCGCAACUUUAUGAGUUCGGUCAAACGUCAUUCGACGAUGCCGAGAACGACUGCAGAUGACUUUUCGGUUUCGAAGUUUCCGAAGCUACCGCGAUAA